UGCGGAGAAUCGAAACUUAGCCACGGCUCAUGGCAUAAAAGAGGCGGCCCGCCCUCCGCCCCGGCCGGCCAGUAGCUGUUCCCGGGAGCUCCUCCCGCUGGUGUCGCCUCCUGCCCAGAGAAAUGUAUGUUUCCUAAAAGGAGUUUUGAAGACUAACAGCAGAUCUAAUAAGCAUAUGUAAGUUGAAGACAGUGUCAGGAAUCAGAAUAAAGCUAUCAUGGCUUCUGCAGGGACUGAUUUCAGUGAUGAUUUCAGUGACGAUGACGGUGAUGUCACAGACUAUUGCCUUGAAAAAAAAUCUGUGUCUUUUGAACAUCAAGUAGAAAAUAAAGGUGGCUUCAGUGACUUUUCAAAUGUGUUUUUCUGGGAAAAGGAGAUACAGCAGAUAUCAAGGGCCAGCGAUGACAGCAGACAUGACAGCUAUGAUUUCAGAAAUCCAGAACUAAACAAACAUAGGGGAAUGAUGGAGAAGAUAUCUGACUUAAUUUUGAAUGACAUACCAAGAGCUGAGUAUGUCAGCUUACUCAAUGAUUAUGUUGAGUCUGAGUUUUUUUUGAUUGACGGAGAUUCAUUGUUCAUCACUUGCAUAAGUGAACAGACAUUACUGCCAGGACAGAACCUGCACUUCUUUUACCUGGUAGAACGCUUUCUAAAGGAUUUAACAUCAAAAGGAGCAAAAUAUGUUAUUGUUUUCUUCAAGGAUGCAGAACAUACAUAUUUCGGGCAUCCCACUCUCUUGUCUCUACGUACUUCAUUGAUUCUCCAUCUUCAGCACAAUACUGACGCUGUCAUUCACACUGAAUUUUCCAACUUUUUAGAAAAGAAGUGGCAAGAUUUCUUGGAAGAAUGCUACCCUUAUUUUAUAAUAAUCUCUGAUGAUGGACUGACUGAACUACAGACAGGCUUUCUCAAUUUCUUUAUCAUUCAUGCCUUGUCAAAAAGAAUCAAUGUUGUCCUUACUUCUGGACAAGAAUCAGAUGUUAUCAGAGUUUAUGGAUAUCAUAUCCAUGGCUUACACAAGCACAAGGAAUUUUUCUCUCAGCAUCAAGUAGAAAUUCAGCAUGCUUUCCAAAGACUGGUUAAAGAUUUGGAGGAAUCCAGUACAGCAGCAUUACUUUCUCUAACUGGACAUUCAAGCAUGAAGGAUAUGGAAAAAGAGGUUUCUAACAUGUUAUCCCAGCUCAAGUAUGAUUGUCCAGAAGUAUCUGAUAUUCGACACAUUGUCUGCAUUGUCACAUGUGCACUGGAUUUGAGAAUGUGCAGUAGGUUACAAAAGAAACACCGGGAUACCAUAUCAAAAGAGGAGAAGAGUAGGGAAACACCACCAAAAGAAGCAGAAGACCUAAUCAGGAUGUAUUGCCUCAGUGUGGCUUUUCUUUUCCAUGUACCUCUUUCACAACGAGCUCGGGUUAGAUUAAUCAGUAACCACUGGAGUAAACAAGCUUCCACAUUUAUACAAAUGCAUAAAGUUUGUGAAUUUUUUCUUCUAAAACACUUGACAACUGAAAAUCUACGGAAAGUGGGUUUCACUCACUUGCCUGAUUUAAGUGAUGAUCUUUUGUGGAAGAAUGUUGCAUAUUACUAUGAAGUAGAAAAUAAGCAAGGCUUAAACUUGGAUAUGGGAGAAAAAAUUAAGAAAGAGUAUGAGUAUAUGUGGAGUGUCAUAUCAAAACUAGCUGGAAAUGAUGAUGGAAACUCUUUGCCUCUGAGGAGAACGUCUACAUCUUUUCUUGAAAAGAGAGCUUCACCAGCUAGAGAAUCCAAGAAGAUUCCUAAUCUAGGGCUUAUACCCAUGACAUCCACGAUGGUGGAAAAAUUUGCUGGAGAUAUUUUAAGUAGCCUACCAUUUUUAAAAAGUGAUGACUCUGCUGUUACUUCACUCAUUAAACAAAAAGAAUUUGAUGAACUUCGACACUGGCAUUCAGGAAAGCUUCUUAGUGAUGAUUAUGACAGAACAAAGUCCAGUUCUCAAGCAAUGUGCAAAGAUCCAUGGGCCCUUCGAAAUAAUCAAAAGUUGCAGUCUUUUCUACGCUUUUAUGGAUCAUCACUGGAAGGCAACAUUUCAAAAACAAUUGUAACCCAAUUGGAUACUCCAAAGAAGGCUUAUUCUGGCACGAAGAACCACAAAAAAAAUCAUAAGACUAAAGCAGAAAUAAUUAUUGAGGAAAACCAAAAAAGAAUGAAAGCUGAAGAAGAAAGAAAAGAACAGAAACAAUGGGAUGCUCUUGCCAUUGAAAAGCUAAUACAAGAGAAUUUUAACUCUGGAAUAAGUAAACUAGAGGAUUUUCUGAAGAAGUGUCAAAGCACUUCUGUGAAAUGUACUGCAGAAAUGACAGUACUUAAUACUUGCUUUGAACUGUGGCUAGAACAAUGCAAAGACCAAGGAAAGAGAGUAAAAGAUAUAAAUAUAGCUGUUGAAGUAAUGAAAAGAACACAUUCCUUGCUGGAAAAAUGUAAAAAUGUAUUGGAGAAGACAGAUUAUCAAAAGAUUGUAAGAUGCCUUAGAUACUUUGGAUUUGACAAUUUAGCAUCUACUUUGGAUUCUUCCCAGAUUUCAGAGGAUGACAGAAAAGAGAAGGCAAAGAUUUCUAAGUAUGCUGUUGGCAUGGGAGCAGCUCGGUUUCAGCUACAGUACAUGGGUCAUUGCCUAUUACGAGACGAGAGAACAGAUCGAGAUCCCAGGGUCCAGCAUUUUAUUCCAGAUACAUGGCAGCGAGACCUUCUUGACAUUGUAGAUAACAAUGAAUCUGCAGUGAUUGUAGCCCCUACCUCAUCAGGGAAGACAUAUGCCUCUUACUACUGUAUGGAGAAAAUCUUGAAAGAAAGUAAUGAAGGGGUGGUUGUGUAUGUUGCUCCAACAAAGGCUCUUGUUAACCAAGUGUGGGCAACUGUGUAUAAUCGAUUUAACAAGACACUGCCUGAUGGCUUGGUAGUAUGUGGGGUCUUCACGAGAGAUUACCGCCAUGAUGCUCUGAACUGUCAGGUACUAGUGACCGUGCCCCAGUGCUUAGAAAUCCUGCUGCUGUCACCUCACCGCCAGCAAUGGGCCAACAGGAUCAGAUAUGUUAUAUUUGAUGAGGUCCAUUGUCUUGGUGGUGAAAUUGGAGCAGAAGUUUGGGAGCACCUUCUAGUUGUGAUUCGAUGUCCAUUUUUGGCUCUCUCUGCAACUAUCAGCAAUCCAAAACAUCUUACUGAGUGGCUACAGUCAGUAAAAAGGUACUGGCAGCAUGUUGAAAGUGUAAGAAAAGAAAGCCCUGGUUCUUCUGCAACUACCAAGAAAGGCACUAUAAAACAAAAACAUAUCAAGACAGUAAAUGAAUCAUAUAAAGUUAAAUUGGUGCUUUAUGGAGAAAGAUACAAUGAUUUGGAAAAAUAUGUGUGUUCCCUAGAGAAGCAUGACUUCAGAAUUCAUCACUAUCACCCAUGUGCUGCACUAACUGUGGAUCAUAUAGAUAAAUAUGGCUUUCCUCCAGACCUGGCUUUUUCUCCGCGAGAAAGUAUUUUGCUGUAUGACACCAUGGUACAAGUCUGGAAAAACUGGCCAAGAGCUGAUGAGCUAGAUCCUGAGAAAUUUAAACAUUUUAAAAAUAAAAUAGUAAUCACAAAAGCAGAUGCAAGGAAAUAUGAAGAAGAAUUGAAGAAAGAGUUAAAAAAUUGGAUUGUACAUGACAGCAAAAUGAAGGCUAACCGUGUGCUGCAGUUACUCAAACCCCGUCCGGCCUAUUGUUCAGAAAAAAAAAUGAAGGACAAUUUCCCAUGUUUUGUUGAAAAACUAAGACAAAUGGAUAAACUGCCUGCACUGUUUUUUCUAUUCGACAUUAAAAAUGUGGAAAAAUGGGCUGAAAAUGUAAAAAACUGUCUGGAAGAGAAGCAAAGGAGUAAACAAAUAGCAAAAACUGAAAAGCAAAUAUAUUUGUUAACAAACAAAUUGAAAAAAAUUGAAAAGUCCAUGCAGAAGAAGCAGACCGUUGGCAUGAAAACUACAUCAAAUAAAACUGAUAAAAUGAUACUUGAGGAGGCUGGGCAUGGAAAUUUGAUGGAAAAACUUGGGAAGAUUACGGAAAUCCCCCCAGACUGCACCUAUGCAAAUAGCCAAGCUAUUGAUACAGAGACUUUGCAGAAAGUGCUUGAUCGAAUAAAGUUCAUGAAAACAAAUACAUCACUGAAAACACUGGCAAUGAGAGGAAUUGGAUAUCAUCAUGCUUCUGUGUCAUACAAAGGAAGACAGUUUGUUGAGAUGCUCUUCAGGAUGGGAUUUAUCCAGGUGGUUACAGCUACUGGAACACUGGCUUUAGGAAUCAACAUGCCAUGUAAAUCAGUUGUCUUCACACAGAAUUCUGUGUAUUUGGAUGCUCUGAAUUAUAGACAGAUGUCUGGACGUGCUGGACGACGUGGUCAAGACUUGCUGGGAAAUGUGUUUUUCUAUGACAUUCCACUACCAAAAGUAGACAAGCUUAUAAAAUCCAAUGUACCCCAGCUGAGAGGCCAGUUCCCAUUGAGUAUUUCCCUGAUACUGAGACUUAUGCUGUUGGCUGCAAAAGCUGACGACAAAGAAGAUGCAAAAGCAAAGGUUUUGUCAGUGUUGAAGCAUUCACUUCUCUCCUUCAACAAGCCAAGAAUUGUGGACAUGUUAAAGCUCUACUUUUUAUUUUCUUUGCAAUUUCUUAUCAAGGAGGGAUAUUUGGAUCAAAAAGGCAAUACUAUGGGAUUUGCUGGACUUGUAACCCACCUGCAUUAUCAUGAACCUUCCAAUCUUGUCUUAGUCAGCUUUCUUGUGAAGGGCUUGUUUCACAAACUGUGUCAGCCAACUAGGAAAGGUUCAAAGACAUUUUCCCAAGAGGUAAUGGAACAGCUAGUGCUAGUACUGGCAAAUCUGUUUGGAAGAAAAUAUAUCCCAGCCAGUAUUAUGAAAUCUAAACCGAAGUUUUACCAGUCAAAGGUCUUCCUCGAAGAUCUCCCAGAAGACUUUGCUGUUGCAUUAGAGGAGUACAACAGCAAAAUAGGGGAGAAUUUUGGCCAUUUUUUAUUGAUGAUUUCCAAGAUGGCUGAUAUGAAACAAGAAUACCAACUACCUCUUUCAAAAAUUGAUUUUUCAGGUGAAGAAUGCAAUGACUCUAACCUGGCAUCUCACCUGAUGAGUUGUAAUGAGGGAAGAACAGCUGUUUCACCUUUUGCAUGCCUCUCUGGAAAUAUGGAUAGUGAUUUACUUCAUGCAGAGACUGUCAACAAUCUUAUAUUUCGUACCCUUGGUAUUACUUCUGGAAAUAUUCCCGUGCUUUGUUUAAAAAAAUUGGAUAAUCGAGGAAAAAUAAUGCCACUUAAUGCUUAUGCACUUGACUUCUAUAAACAUGGUUCUUUGACAGCAAUGGCACAAGAUAAUGGUAUACAUAAAGGAGAAGCUUAUCUUCUGCUGAAAGACUUUACACUCACUAUUAAAGCUAUCAGUGUUUCUCUAAGUGAACUCUGUGAUGAUGAGGAAGACAAUGUUGUGCAGGCAUUUAACCAACUCAGUUACAGUUAUGGGGCAAAACUGGAAAAAGUCUAAGGCUAAAGACGUAAAAUCAUCUAUGUGCUGAAGCAAAAACAAAAUUCUAAAACUUUUUUCUCAUUUGUUAUAACUUGGAAAAAAAUUUUCACAACUGUUUUAGAAUAGUAAUUUAAAUUAGUUUUAAUAACAAAGUUUUAAAUGUGUCAGCAAUUUAAUUCCUCAGCAGCUCAGUUUUAUUUCCUAUUUUACUGGCACAGAUAUAAGAUGUGUUGAUUUUACAGAUUUUUGUGACAGUUAUGGUACUCCUGGCUCUACUGUGCAUAGCAAACCAUUUGGCCAUGCUAGAGCUUUUUUAUUCUCUGACUGACAAUAGGUCUAGAUUCAGAUCCUCAAAAUUAUUUAGAUGCCUAACUCCCAGGCUUUGUCUACACUGCAAGGUUUUUGUGCAAGAAACUUUUUGCAGAAGAGAUCUUCCACAAAAACUUCUUGCACAAAAG